AUGGCUGUCCUUCCUUGGCUCCGUGCCUUUGUUUUUUCUUUUGCUUCAUUAUUAGCGCUUGUUGUCAUUGGCAUUUGCGCUCACAUCGAGUCGUUUGUUGCUGGAUAUCAAAAUGCCUACUUGACCUUUGCCGCUCUUGGGCUUGCAGCCGGCAGUCUCACUGUCUUGUCCCUUCCGCUAUUCUUGAUUGUGGGUCGUGUGCGCCGCGGAGCGGUCAUGUCCAUGGUUGUAUUCGAAGCCGUCUGGUUUUUUUUCCUCUGGGUGACGUGGGUCGCUACCGCUGUUAGUACCGUUGCGGGCAGGGCCUACUACUUCCCCGAUGGAUGUAUUUACACCAACUAUCCCCAAACCAACCAAAUUUGUUAUGAAGUCACUAUAAUGGAGGCUGCUGCAUUUAUCAUCUUCUUCUGUGUAUUCAUAUACUACGUCACGAUCGUCUUUGAGGCUUCUGGGCCGGCCCCAACCUCGCUCAUGCCUAUGGCUCAGUACUCUGCUAUUCCCGGGGGUCAAGCUCCAUACCCUGCCUAUGGGAGUUAUCCUCAGAAUGCUUCUCAGCCAUACUCUCGGCCAUAUUCUCAGUCAUACAACACUUAUCCCGCUCAACCCCCGAACCAACAGUAUUACAACUAUCCUCCUCUUGGCUCGCCUGCUUCAGGGAAUACCCAGCCCCCACAUGGCGGAUACUUACCCGCUAUAUCAGGAAACGCACCCCUCUCACCCCAGCCAGAUUACGGCUCAUACCCCGCUAAUCAGGGCCAAAUACCCCCGUCCGGCGGAUAUCAAGAAUAACCGCACUAUUGGUCGAGUCAGUCUAUUCCAGUCUGAAGGAAGCACUGGGGAUAUCCGCGACGGUCAGACAUUUAGGCACUAUCCGCCUCGUUUAUGAGAAGGCAGGAAGCUCUAGUUUGUGCUUCAAAUAUACUCCUCAUGCCCAUGCCUACCUUGUUCUCCUUGCAUAAACGAUUUAUCCUUGCGACGACCGCUCGUACGUACUGAUACUGAGAGGUUACUAUACAUGGUCUGCCACAACUGCUUUGCAUCUUUAUGGAAUAUGGGCGCUGAUAAGUAUUCUUCGGAUCCUUCAGGCAAGUAUUACUCGCACGAUCAAGUUGGGAAUAGUGCUAGCUACUUAUGAUGGGCUGAUAAUCUGCGAAGGAGCUGUUCUGCGUCGGGCUCGGAACUCCGAGACAGCCGAGCGAACAAGAUAAUGGUGCUAGUAGAGGGGCGACAGGAUUGCGGGUCCCCAGCAACUGAUAACCAGUAAG